AUGAGCAAACCUGCCAAAAGAAAGCUCCCGAGCGACAAGGAAAACCUCCCGGUUGAGUCGCAAGACCAGCCUCUACGUGCCCCUCCUGGUCUCUUCAAAGGGAUCUUCAUCAUUUCCUCAAUAAUUCUAGUCCUCCUCCUCAUCUACAGACCAGCAGCAGUAUUCUCAGCGCCUCAAAAAAUCGCCAAAGCAACACAGAAAUACAAGACGCCCGAUCCAGGGCCCCACGAUGACUGCGCGCUCCCGACAACCCGAUACAGCAUCCACACCGGCCAAACAACAUGCUAUCCCAGUUCCGGCGGCAUCUGGAUGUCCGAGCUCGGUCCAGUAGAACUGCAGCAUCUAGGCAUAAACCGAUUCAACACCACCUGGCGCUCUCCGUACCAGGUCGAAGAGGACAUGUUCUGUCGCGAGCUGCGCAAAUUCGGCGGCGGGUGGUAUAACCCCAAAUCCGGCAAGGAGCUGUUGGUUGGAGGGUACUGCCAUGAUCUGGAUGAGUUUAAGCCUGUUUACUCGAUUGUGCGUGCGGUUGGGUUUGAUGGGGGCCGUGGUGGAGUGUGGGUUCUUAGGGUUGAACCGGGGACUGGCCGGUUUCCGGCUGGGAUGCUGGCUGUGAGGAAUGCGUUGACGAUGGAGGAGCGGUGCAUUGCAUUGCGGAAUUUGGGAGCAGUGUAUUGUAGUGAUGCUGUGGGCUGUGGUCUUCUUGGGGAUUUGUUCAAGGAGCCGUAUGAACUGGCUAGGGAUAGAUAA